AUGUCUGGCCGGAACCUCACAGAGCUGGGCGAGGAAGUCUCCCGCCUCACUCAGAAGAUAACACAACACUUGCAAGACAGAGGUCAAGCGACCCCGUCGAUCCACGACAUCUCAUCUGCCGGAACAGAACCUGUGAUCGAUGGGGAGUCAGCACUAAAGCUGGCAGAAGCAGCGAGGGAACUUGAAGCCCUCGCCUUGGGCCCGCGUCAGACCUUGGGGCUCGUGGGGCUUUCUGUUCACGACGCCUCCAGCCUCGGCGUCAUCGCCGAGUUCGACAUAGCCAGCCUCGUGCCCAUCGACGGCUCCGCCACGUUUGCAGAGCUCUCAGAAGCAACCGGCCUCGACGAGGACAGAUUGACCCGCAUCCUCCGCUACGCAAUGACAAACUUCAUCUUCCGCGAGCAACCCCCAGGCCAAGUCCGCCACACCGCCCUCUCAGCGCACCUGUCCCGCUCGCCCCCCACGGUCGCCUUCCAGCACACCCUGGCCACGGUGUUCAACCCGGCCAACGCCUGCCUCCCCACGGCGCUGCGGGCCAACCCAUCCACGGCAUCGCUGACGCAGACGGCCCACAACGCCGCGCGCGGGACGGCCGAGCCCUUCUACGCAUGGCUCGACGCCGCCGGCGGCCUGGGAUCGGGACCCGACCUCCGCGCCGUCUUCGACCGAGGCAUGGAGGGCAUCAGCCGCGGCGGGCAGCGCCUGCAGGACACGGACCUGCGCGCGUUCCCUUGGGGAGCCGUCCUGCCUCCCGACGCGACGGUCGUGGAUGUUGGCGGGUCGAGGGGCCACUUCGCGCGCGACCUGGUCGAGAUGAACCCUUCGUUCAGGGUCGUCGUGCAGGACCUGCCGCGGGUGGUCGAGGGGCUGGCGGAAGAAUUCGCCGGUGGUAGUGGUGGUGAAGGAGGGGGAGGCAAUGUAACGUACCAGGCGCACGACUUCUUCGACGCGCAGCCCGUCGCCGGCGCGGACGUGUAUUUCCUGCGCCACGUGAUGCACAACCACCCCGAUGCCGAGUGCGUUGCCAUCCUCCGGGCGCUGCUGCCCGCGCUCAGGGAGGGCGGCAGGGUGCUCGUCAGCGAGUACGUCGUGCCGCCGUAUGAGGACCUGGCCGGGGGGCUUGAAACAAAGGCCAUGAGGCAGAUGGACCUGAUGACCAUGGCGCUCUUCAACGCGAAGGAGCGGACGAGGGACGAGUAUGCGGCGCUGUUUGGGCGGGCCAGCGAGAAGCUUGUCCUGGAGGGGACGCAUCAGGUGCCUGACGACCCGAGGAGUUGCAUUUUCGAGGCGGUUUAUAAGGGCCAAAAUUGA